CGCAAGCCUCACCGCCUGCAAGUCAUGCUGCUUUGCUAAGCUUGUCUUGACUUCAAGCCCCAAAACGCGUCCGACUGCAUGAAAUCCGAUGUCAGACUUAGAUCAGCAUGACCCAUUAGAGGCCAUCUUUCGUGGGCUCCAGUCCAGGAGCGAAGAAGUCCGGCAGCGACACGCGAACGAGCUCUGCACAUAUCACAAGGUAUCGACUACUGUGGCUGAAAUGACGCCAGAUGCUGCCGGGAGAGUCUGGGAUUCUGUUAACCAAGGCCUGUUCGAACUGUUACACAGCGUCCACAAUGAGUGGAAGUUGGGUGGCUUGGUAGCCAUGAAUGCUCUUCUCCUCAUUGAAGCUGAAGAAACCUUGGACUCAAAGCGGAACCUAUUCAGGUUCUAUAAUUAUGUCAAGCACCUCCUCCCCAAUCCAGACGUCUCCCUCAUGCUCCUCGCGUCUCAAACUCUCGGGAAGAUCGUGUUGGCCGCUUCUCAAAGUAACCAUGUCCCUUCGUCCGGUGGCGCAUUCAACGAAUCGUUCAUGGACCAUCAAGUUCCCGCUGUGAUAAACAUGGUCCAGCAGGAGUCGCAAAGAUUCGCGGGUGUUCUCCUCCUCAAAGAACUCGCAGCCAACAGUCCAAUAUAUUUCCAUGCGCACAUCGGCUUGGUGUUCGACAACAUACUCAUUCCGCUAAGGGAUCAGCGUCUGAUCGUGCGUGAAGCGGCUGCGAAGCUGCUUGCGACGUGCCUCGAUAUCUAUCGCCCCAAUUUGCACAGCAAGAGUCCCGUACCUUACUUGAAGAAUGUGUAUAACGACGCGCUAGCCGGGCUACAGCAAGCUUCAGUUGAAGUCAACCAUGCUUCCCUGUUGGCACUCCAGGAACUUCUAUUACAUGGUGGCAUGUUCAUGAGAGAUGUGUAUUCACAAGCUGCGCAAGCGAUUCUUCGAUUCCAGUCCCAUCGGGACAUCCUUAUUAGACGAAUCGUUUUGCAACUGAUACCAUCUCUUGCGGCCUAUGACACGCAGACCUUCUCGGAGAGAUUUCUCAGAGUCGUCAUGGUCCACCUCUCUCUUUCCCUGGAGAAACCCAGCGAUCGCUCGUUGGCCUUCAUUGCCAUCGGACAUACUGCCCACUCUGUGAAAAGCUACAUCAAGCCGUAUCUGGACUCGACAAUGAAGAUCAUCAAGCAAAGCCUCCAAGGGGCGAAGAAGCCUAGUGAAGCAGAAGGGCCGAUUUUCCAGUGCAUUGGCAUGCUUGCGUCAGCUGUUGGACCAGCUCUGACGAAGUGGCUGCAUGAUAUCUUUGACCUUAUGUUUGCUUCCGGGCUUAGUGAGACUCUCCGGGAUGCUUUGAUCGCUAUCGUCACUCAUAUUCCUCCAUUCUUGAAGCCCGUCCAAGAACGUCUGCUGAAUAUGCUAUGCAUUAUCCUCAGCGGCAAAGAGUACACCUCGCUGGGAUCGCCUGAUCCUUUCAUACAGCUUAAGCAUGAGAAUGACGCGUCGCCCCCUGUGGCACUCGAGUCGACCGUCAGCGAAGAGACAGAUCCGGAAACCAUCAAACUGGCCCUCACUACAUUGGGAUCUUUCGAUUUUAGUGGCCACGUCCUCAAUGAGUUUGUUCGGAACUGUGCCUUGCCCUAUCUCGAACAAGAUAACCCGGAAAUCCGGCGUGCUGCUGCGAUCACCUGCUGCCGCCUGUUUAUUCGGGACCCCAUCUUCUACUCAUCGAGUAGCCACGCCAUUCAGGUCAUCAGCGAUGUUUUGAAUAAGCUUCUCACAGUCGGAAUCGCUGAUCCAGAUGCCUCCAUCCGAAAGGUUGUCCUGACUUCGCUGCAUCCCGCUUUCGACAAGCAUCUGGCCCAAGCUGAGAACAUUCGCUCCCUCUUCAUCGCUCUCAACGAUGAGGUCUACGAGAACCGUGUCGCAGCGGUUCAUCUGAUUGGACGCCUUUCUAGGGACAAUCCAGCGUACAUCGUCCCGUCGUUGCGAAAGACCCUCAUCCAGCUCUUGACUGAACUGGAGUACUCGACGAACAAACGUGCUCGGGAAGAUUGCACUUCGAUUCUGACAAUGCUCGUUGGACUGACGCAUAACUUCAUCCGGCCUUAUGCUCUGCCCAUCCUGGCCGCAUUGAUGCUCAAGGCAGACGACGCGAAUCCCACUGUGGCAGCAAGCAUCAUGAUGUGUCUUGGGGAACUCUGUGUCGUCGCCGGGGAGGAAGCGUUGCCCUACGUCCCGCAGCUCAUGCAAGUUAUCAUCAAGCAGCUGUCUGACCCAUCUGGCGUCAAGCGCGAUGCGGCUCUGCAUGCCUUGGGUCAGGUCUGUUCCAGCACGGCCUAUGUCAUCGACCCCUUCGUAGACCAUCCCGACCUGCUUGAACUGCUAAGCCGUAUCUUGCGGACUGAAACGACGCCCAUUGUGCAGAGAGAGGUCGUGAAGGUCUUUGGCAUCAUCGGCGCGGUGGACCCGUACAAACGCAAGGCCAAGUCUGUGGAUGGCAACGCAAGCGAGAUCCCCAUGACCGCGGUGAAUCAAGUCGCCAUCGCGCCGACACAAGCUGUGACGGGCACAGACGACUACUUCCAGACCGUAGCAAUGGGGGCCUUGCUGGGGAUCCUGCAAGAUCCGUCUCUCAACCACUAUUACCACAGCGUCAUUGAGGCGAUCAUGUCCAUUUUCAAGACCCAAGGGCUGAAAUGUGUGGCUUUCCUUCCCCGGGUCAUUCCGGCAUUCGCUGCCGUCACUAGAGCGUCGCCGGUUCGCUUGCAGGAGUUCCAUCUGCAGCAGCUGGCGAUCCUCGUCGGGAUCAUCAAACAGCACAUCCGUAAUUAUACGGUGGUCGUCUUUGGGCUUGUGAAAGAGCUAUGGGACAAUACGUCUCUUCAGCUGCCCCUCAUUUCGCUCAUUGAGUCACUCAGCCAUUCGCUGGCUGCAGAUUUCAAGCCACUGCUCAGUCACGUCAUACCACUCAUCAUGCGUGCUUUCGACGGCGAGGGCAGCACCAGACGCGCACAGACCCAGAUCAAGAUUUUCGAUGCCUUGCUUAGCUUUGGGUCCAUCCUCGAGGAUUAUCUGUAUCUGAUCAUUCCCAUUAUCGUCAAGACAUACGAACGCAUCGAUGCACCGACUGUCCUCAGGAAACGGGCCAUCCAGACUAUUGAGGGAUUGGCCAAACACGUCAACUUCUCUGACCAUGCGUCUCGCAUCGUCCAUCCAUUGGCCCGUGUGCUUAACGGGUCCCACAACGAGCUUCGGGCUUGUGUCAUGGAGGCUCUCUGCGCGUUGGUCGUUCAGCUGGGCCCCGAUUUCGCAGUCUUUGUGCCCAUGAUCAAUUCUUUGCUGACCCGAACUAGAGUUUCGCAUCCUCGAUACGAGACGCUGAUCACCAAACUGCUCAACGGCGAGCGACUUUCUCAAUACAGCCUCGAGCGUGUGUCCAGUGCAGGCUCCAACGUCCCAGAUGUGUCAGCCCCGGCGGAGGCGACCAAGUUGUCGGUCAACCAGAUGCACUUGAAGCAGGCGUGGGACAUCUCGUCGGUAGUCAGAUCCACGGAUUGGAGUGACUGGAUGAGACGCGUGCGAUUGGAGUUCAUGAAAGAAUCACCAUCGCACGCGCUGAGGGCUUGCAUGAGUCUCGCUGACACACAUCCUCCGCUGGCGAAGGAGCUCUUCCCAGCCGCCUUUCUAUCAUGUUGGACGGAACUAUACGACAACUACCAGGAGGAGCUCGCCAUCUGUCUCGAUGCCGCGCUCGAAUCAGGGACGGCACCGACCGAGAUCAUUCACUGCAUCCUGGACCUAGCAGAGUUCAUGGAACAUCAGGAGAAGGCGCUGCCCAUCGACCACGUGAGCCUGGGCGAUUAUGCCAUGCGGCACAACGCAUACACCAAGGCGCUGCACUAUAAAGAGCUGCAGUACUUCGUCGAUCCUUCCGCUGACACGAUCGAGGCGCUAAUUUCCAUUAAUACCCGGCUGCAGCAACGAGAUGCUGCCUGGGGAAACGUUUCGACGGCCGUGGAACGGUAUGAGAUGUCUGAGCACGAGGAAUGGUACGAAAAGCUCGGGCGCUGGUCAGAGGCUCUAAACGCCUACAACCGCAAAGCAUGCGAAGAGGGGCCGACGAUGAAGAUCGAGAUAGGGAGGAUGAAGUGUCUAAACGCACUGGGGGAAUGGGACGAGCUGGCAGACCAUGUCGGCCGCUGCUGGACUGAGGCUGGUCCCGAGCAGCGCACCGAAAUCGCGCCCAUGGCAGCGACAGCGGCUUGGUCGCGGGCGGAUUGGGAGACUAUGGAUGUGUACAUCAGCACCAUGGGAUCGGAUUCGCCAGACCGCCACUUCUACAAAGCGAUCAUGUCCAUCCACCAGAACAAUUUCCCGAAAGCGAUUUAUCACAUCAUGAAGACUCGUGACAUCAUCCAUCCCAUGUUGACCUCGUUCGUAGGUGAUGGAUACAGCCGGUCCUACGAUGUCAUGGUUCGCACCCAGCUACUUUCGGAGCUGGAGGAGAUCAUCCUGUACAAGAAGAGUGCGGACCAACCGGAACGUCAGCGAACAAUGCGCAAGGCUUGGAUGAAACGUCUCUCCGGUUGCAAGAGAGAUGUAGAAGUUUGGCAACGCGUCCUGCAAGUCCGUUCGCUUGUGAUCAAUCCCGAGUCUGAUCCUGAGAUGUGGAUUAAAUUCGCGAAUCUUUGUCGCUCCUCGGACAGAUUGCCGCUGGCGGAGAAGACGAUCGAUUCUCUGCUAUCUCCAGUGCAGCGGCGGCAAACAGAGGCUCCUCCGGAUGUCGUCUAUGCUCAGCUCAAGUAUAUGUGGGUUUCUGGCGAGCACCAGAACAGCUGUGCAUUCCUGCGAGACUUCAUCUCCACGCUGACCCGCGAUUUGGAGGCGGAAGCUCAUGAUCCACGCUUGAGUCCUCAGGCAUCGAAGGAAAAGCUGAGCAAACAAAAUAAGCUGCUCGCGCGAUGCUACUUCAAGGUGGGCGAGUGGGAACAGCAGCUGCGCAGUGACUGGGUCCGAAGUCCACAUUACGCCGAAAUCUUGACCUCUUUCCUGGUCGCCACUCGCUACGAUCCGGACUGGUACAAGGCGUGGCACACCUGGGCGCUAUCCAACUUCAACGUCAUCAGUUACAUGAAGGCCCAAGAUCGGACGGAAAUUGCUGGUAAUCGACUAGCAGCGCAUGCUGUGCAGGCCAUCUCGGGAUUCUUCCGCUCUAUCGCGCUCAACAACCAGAACUCGCUCCAAGACACCCUGCGAUUACUGACUCUGUGGUUCGAGUUCGGUGCGCACGACGAUGUCAGCCAAGCCAUUAACAAUGGUUUCCGAGCUGUGAGCAUCGACAGUUGGCUGGACGUGAUUCCGCAGAUUAUUGCCAGGAUCCAGACUCCGCAUGCGAAUAUUCGACGAGACAUCAACCAUAUCCUCAUCGAUGUUGGGAGAACCCACCCGCAGGCGCUAGUCUACCCGCUCGUUGUGGCUUCGACAUCUCAGAGCGUCAACCGGCAAGCGGCAGCUAACAUCAUUAUGGACGUGCUCAAGGAGCACAGCCGCGGCAUUGUCGAGCAAGCGGAGCUCGUCAGUGCAGAGCUCAUCCGCGUCGCCAUACUCUGGCACGAGCGAUGGCAUGAAGGUCUUGAAGAGGCGUCCAGACUGUAUUUCACAGAGAAGAAUGCGGACGGCAUGAUUGCCGUGUUGCAGCCGCUGCACGAUCUUCUCGACCAUGGAACGCAAACUCAACGCGAGGCGAGCUUUGCGAGCAAUUUCGGAAAAGAGCUGAGGGAAGCACGGGAUGCGUGCAAGAGAUAUCGAAUCUACGGAGACACCAGCGAACUCGAUAAGGCGUGGGAUAUCUAUUAUGCGGUCUUCAAGAAGAUAGAAAAGCAGUUGCCGGGGCUGUCCUCCCUCGAUCUGCAGUACGUAUCUCCGCGUCUCUUGGAGGCUCGGGAUCUCGAUCUGGCGGUUCCCGGGACGUAUCGCAGUGGACAUGAAGUCAUCCACAUCCAGAGAUUUGCGCCCAAGCUGACGGUGAUCGCCUCGAAACAGCGACCUCGUCGCCUGUGUCUCACUGGCAGCAACGGUCGGGACUACCAAUAUCUGCUCAAAGGGCACGAGGAUCUCCGCCAAGAUGAGCGGGUGAUGCAACUGUUCAGUCUGGUCAACAAUCUCUUGUACCUCGACGGCUCGAGCUUCACGCGUCGGCUCCACAUCCAGCGAUAUCCUGUGAUUCCCAUCGCCCCCAACGCAGGUCUGCUCGGAUGGGUGCAAGAUAGCGACACACUACAUGUCCUGGUCCGCGACUAUCGAGAAGCGCGAAAGGUGGUGCUCAAUAUCGAGUACCGCAUGAUGAUCCAGAUGGCACCGGACUACGAGAACCUGACCGUGCUGCAAAAGGUCGAGGUGUUCGAAUACGCGCUCGAGAAUACAACGGGACAGGAUCUGUACCGAGUUCUGUGGCUGAAGAGCAAAAACUCGGAGCACUGGCUCGAGCGCAGGAGCACAUACACUCGCUCGCUCGCCGUGAGCAGUAUGGUGGGGCACAUCCUCGGUCUCGGGGACCGACAUCCUUCCAACCUCCUCAUCGAACGGACGACGGGCAAGAUCAUCCAGAUAGACUUCGGCGACUGUUUCGAGAUUGCGAUGACCCGCGACAAGUUCCCUGAGAAGAUUCCGUUUAGGUUGACGAGGAUGCUGACCCAAGCUAUGGAGGCAAGCGGAAUCGAGGGGAGCUUCCGGAACACCUGCGAAAUCACCAUGCGUGUGCUGCGUGACAACAAAGAGUCGUUGAUGGCCGUGUUAGAGGCAUUCAUCUACGAUCCUCUCGUCAACUGGCGGCUGGCUCAGCACAGUCCGGAGAUUCGAGGGAGUUCGGAUCCCAGACGUGUUACCGAAUUGGCUCGAGUAGCAGCCCAUCCCCAGGCCCCGAGUCGUAAACUCAAAGCCGACGAAAACUAUAUCUUCAGCGAGGGAGGCGCGGAUACUGGGGCCCAGGAAGUGCGGAAUAUCCGGGCUCUCUCCGUCUAUCGCCGGGUCCAGGAUAAGCUCAAGGGGGGAGAAUUUGGCGCAGAACUCAACGUCAAAGAACAGGUCGAUCGACUCAUCACCGAAGCCAUGUCCAUCGAAAAUCUAUGCCAGUGUUUUUCUGGUUGGUGCGCAUUUUGGUAAUGCUCUUUGCUUUGUAUGUUUGCUUGUAUAUGAUAUCAUCAUCAUCUAUCUGUACAUUACUCCAAAACUUGAAUUAAUCUCUCAUUGGAAAUCUCGA